UGGAAUUCGUGCAUCUGGGGUCGUUCGGAUCGUGAGACUCCUUUCGGGGUCUUACAUUCAUGGGGGCUCGUCCGGGAUUCGAGACCCCAGACCCACGUUCCAUCCUCCAAUCGGAGGACCUGUAUGUCCUCACUGUUCUGUGUAUUUUUGCAUGUUUGUACGGGCGGCUAGGGCUUCCGGGCGGCUAGGUGCCGAAAGAAUUGAGCCAGUAGUAGGAGGAGCAGUCCCCGGCUUUGCUCUCGACCUCUCUGCCAUGGAGUCGGCACCUGACAGCAGCCCAGGGAGCUACAACCCUAGGACUGUGGCUGUGAAGGAGAAGCCCCGGGGGCCAGAGGGCGGCCGAGGUGGCAGCCGGGGCAGUUACAAUCCCCUGCAGUACCAGGUGGCACACUGCGGGCAGACGACCGUGCACCUGCCCCCAACCCUGAAGGCACCAGGCCAGCCCCUGUGCGUCCCCGAGGCCCCCUUGGCCACCACCGUGCCCCCCGUCAACCCCCUCAAGGCGCCCUCCCUGACUGACCCCUCGCAGGAGGGCAAGAAGGCAGUGAACAACAGCCUGGAGUACCGGCUGCGGCGGGAGCGCAACAAUAUCGCCGUGCGCAAGACCAAGCGGCGCAUCCUGGAGAUACAGCAGUACAUGGCAGAGAAUGAGCAGCUGCGCAGCCGCGUGGAGCAGCUCACGCAGGAACUGAAUAUCCUGCACAGUUUUUUAAAAGCUAUUAUAAAUUUAAUGUCAUUG